AUGGCCAAUAGCACGCUGAGUCGAUCGCCAUCUCACCUCCUUGCGCCAACCCCUUCCACGCCGAUAUAUACUAUAGAUGCCAAAGACAAGUCAUACAGGCAUCAGUACUCCAAUAUUUACUUUACGCGUCUCGCAAUGCUUCGAGGUGCGGUGGAGGAACGUGCAAAAAAUAAAUGGAAGGACGUGGAUGGCAGCCCUCUGUUCGUCGAACGCGUCCUAGAUGUUGUCAAGUCUCAACUAUGCUGGAUAAUUGGGACCGUUUACAUUGACAUGCCACUAAAACCGAAUGUUCUCGAAGACCUUAGCCGCAACCAUUCUAUUCCCGCCCCUAACCCAAGGGAAAAGUUCUAUUCUUCGAAUGACAGCGUGAUGAUAGAGGACUCAUCCGGUCGCAUUAAGCUCGUCGGCGCAGCAGUCACUAAAAGUCGUCUGGUGACGGGAGUCAUUGUGGCUGCACUGGGCAUGGAAACUGACAAAGGAGAUUUUGAAGUCGUCGAUCUAUGCUUUGCUGAUUUGGCACCAUUCGCUGAAGAAGCACCCUCAAACGAUGAAACUAUGGAUGUGGAUGACUCGUCACAACCUGAUGAGUAUGUGGCAGCCAUAUCAGGACUGUCUUUCGGCUCCCCCGUUUCUGCAGACUCCCAGAUACAAAUGCUUGUCGAAUUCUUAUCCGGAGAGGCGGGCGAACCAGAAGACCAAGAGCUAGCGUCGAGCAUAUCGCGCCUGGUUGUUGCGGGGAACUCCCUAAUAAGGUUAACUGAAUCUGAGGACGACGACGAAGAGGAGCUUAAACCGAAGCGGCGAUAUGGUGCUCCUGCAGAAGCGACUUUUACUCCACACCCCAAUCACCUACUUUCCGAGCAUCUUGCAGAUCUGACGACUUUCCUCCCCGUGCAUAUCCUUCCUGGACCAGACGAUCCUUCAGGAAGCAUUCUCCCUCAACAGCCGUUCCCGCGUGCUAUGUUUGGCGAGGCAGCCGGUUUCGAUACCUUCCGGUGUGAGACUAAUCCCGUAUGGCUACGUGUUGGGAGCGGUCUCGAUCCUCCAGAGCAUGAUGAUGAUGAACCAUCGACAUCAAAAGUUGCGGGUAACACGGUGCGCAGUUUCCUCGUGUCAUCGGGCCAGCCCAUCCUGGAUAUGUACAAGUAUCUUCCUACACCCCCCUCGACUCUGGUUACAAUGGCCGCCUCUACUUUGAAAUGGCGACAUAUGGCUCCUACUGCUCCAGACACACUGUGGUGUCACCCUUUCCGGGAAAAGGAUCCUUUUGUACUGCGGCAGACCCCAGACGUAUAUAUCAUUGGCAAUAUGCCCCAGUUUGGUACGACGCUGGUCUACGCAGGGGACAAAACCGAAGGCCGGACAACCGAAGAUCGCCCUUGCAGAGUCGUCUUAGUGCCCAGCUUCCUCGAAACUGGUGUCCUGGUGCUUGUGAACUUGCGGUCCUUGGCCGUCCGAUGCGUGCAAUUUGGGGGGCCUGACAUGAGGUCGUCUAAGCCCAAGAUCAAGCCUGAAGAGGAAGACAUUGAACAAGCCAUCACGUCGAAUGAAUAGCAUAGGUC